UCUUCUGAUUCGUUCAGUUAGUUGUAGAUUUGUGUGCUGACGGAUGCCCUGCUAAUCCAAUACAUCGAUCCGUGGCCUGUCUAGAUUUUUGUUCUUGAAAACGGGCAAGGUCGACAUGAGUUGACAGUGUACGAGUUCUUGCUUUCUUGUUAUCUAAUCAAGGUGUUGGUGCAGCUUGUUUACCAAAAUUUAGGGGGUCACGUGCUGCUCGGCUGCUCGGCUUCAUUCAUCAUUCAGCGACGCAUUUGCCUAUAUCAGCACUGUGGUCAUAACUCUAGUAGAGAAAGGAGAAGAUGCAGGCAUCUAGGGCAAGGCUUUUCAAGGAGUACAAGGAGGUACAACGAGAGAAGUCAGCUGACCCUGAUAUCCAGUUAAUAUGUGAUGAUUCCAACAUAUUCAAGUGGACUGCUCUUAUCAAGGGCCCUUCUGAAACACCUUAUGAAGGUGGUGUGUUUCAACUUGCGUUCGCAAUUCCAGAGCAGUAUCCUCUACUGCCUCCUCAAGUUCGAUUUUUAACCAAAAUUUUCCACCCAAAUGUGCAUUUCAAGACAGGUGAAAUUUGUCUUGAUAUAUUGAAGAAUGCAUGGAGCCCUGCAUGGACCUUUCAGUCUGUUUGUAGAGCGAUAAUUGCUCUGAUGGCCCAUCCUGAACCAGACAGCCCACUUAACUGUGAUUCAGGCAAUCUCCUGCGGUCGGGUGACAUCAGAGGCUAUCAAUCAAUGGCCCGCAUGUAUACAAGGCUGGCUGCCAUGCCAAAGAAAGGUUAGAUGUAGAACAUGUGCCAAGCCAAGAGCCUAUGUCAGUCCAUAUGUUGUCAGGUUUGCUGUGUGCUGUCUGUCUGUGAACUUGGUGGUUCUUGUUUCCUAAUAAGUCCUAACCAUUCAUGUGUGUGUAUUCUGUAUUCUGUAUCCCGGAUUCCCGAUGCUUGGUCUGUGAUGUAAUAAAUCCUGGAAUUCAACAGUUGUUACUUCUGAUCUAUUUAUUUAGUUGCUCAGUAUUUCCGUCA